AAGCCACUGUCCAGUCUUCUUCUAUCCUCGGCUGCUUCUCUCAUCCCCACACCACCUCUCGUUCCCCCUCCUCCCCUUCAUCAGAGAAAGAUGGAGUCUUUCCUCGCCGGCUUCUUCGGGGCGCCUCCCCGCGCUGCCGUCCCCUCCGCUCGGGGUCCGCCGCUCCCCAACCUUCCUCUCUUCCACGGCAGGCGGCGCAGGAGGCCCUCCUCCUCCGUGGUCUGCAUGGCGAAGCCGUACCUCAUAGCUAAGCUGGACUCUGCAGAAAAGGCUUGGAAAGAAAUGUCGGUUAGGUUGGCAGAUCCUGACAUUGUCUCAGAUCCUAGCGAGUACCAAAAACUUGCACAGUCUGUUGCUGAACUGGAUCAGGUUGUGACUAUAUACAGGCAGUUUAAGGAUUGUGAGAGGCAACUUGAAGAGACAAAAGCUUUGCAAAAUGAGAAUGAAGAUGACCCUGAUAUGGCAGAGAUGAUAGCUUCAGAGCUGGAGUCUCUAUCUAACCAGCUUGCAGAGCUUGAGGAAAAAUUGAAGUUACUACUGCUUCCCAGCGAUCCUCUAGAUUCACGCAACAUCUUACUUGAAGUAAGAGCAGGUGCUGGCGGUGAUGAAGCUGGAAUUUGGGCUGGUGACCUUGUACGCAUGUAUCAGAAAUAUUGUGAGCGCAACUCUUGGAAGUUUAAGCCAGUUUCUUGCUCAGAAGCAGAAAUGGGUGGAUACAAGACAUACGUGAUGGAGGUCAAGGGCAAACAAGUCUAUAGUAAAUUGAAGUUUGAGUCAGGCGUACACCGUGUUCAGCGUGUUCCCCAGACAGAGACUAUGGGCCGUGUUCAUACGUCAACAGCGACUGUUGCUAUUAUGCCAGAGGCUGAUGAAGUUGAUGUGGUUAUUGAUCCAAAAGAUAUUGAACUUAAAACGGCAAGAUCUGGUGGAGCUGGAGGGCAGAAUGUUAACAAGGUGGAAACAGCCGUUGAUCUUGUUCACAAGCCUACGGGAAUAAGGAUAUUCUGUACAGAAGAGCGGUCACAGCUUCAAAACAGAGAACGUGCAUUUCAAUUGUUGAGAGCAAAACUUUAUGAGAUAAAAUUAAGGGAGCAACAAGAAUCCAUAAGAAAUCAGAGGAAAUUGCAGGUUGGUACUGGUGCUCGAUCUGAGAAGAUAAGGACAUAUAAUUACAAGGACAACAGAGUAACUGACCAUCGUUUGAAGAUGAACUUUGAACUGACUAGCUUCCUUUUAGGAGAUAUCGAGUCGGCUGUUCAGUCUUGUGCUACACUGGAGCAACAGGAACUCUUGGAGGAAAUGGCUACCUCUGUGGGUGUAGCGAAGGUAUGAUAUGUGCAGUUGGUCCCUUGAAAGCAGGAUAUCGAACAGAACCACCAAACUGAUGAUGUGUUCAAAACGGAUGAAGAUGGAUGUACAUGAAGAAAUCCGACAACACGAAUUCUGCAUAGGCACAUUUUUCUGUAGUUUAUGAUCACGACUAAUGUCAUAGAACAUACGGAUGCAUCUCAGUUUUCCUGAUGGUCGCAGAUUUUUUAGCAGUAGAAAAUAGACAUGCUAUGCGCAAUUCAACUACUCCAGUAUUUACAAUCCAAUAUGGUUUAAAUAUGCUGUUUCUUGUGAAA